AUGGAGAUGCAGUCGAACCAGCAGGCCUCCUCUUCUUCAAUCGACUAUGUUGUCAAUAUGGGAACGAGUCCAUCAAGCCCCCACGCCCUUGCCCCUGCGGCCCCUACUGGAAUUGCGCCCUGUCAUCUUUCGAAUGAUGUACCGACCCUGCUUUCUCUUAAUAAUUUGGCGCCGCACCCUAAUUGCCGCGGAUGCUACGACAACAAUGAAGCGCAGCCGAUCGAAGGUGAAGAACUCGCGACGACUGAAGUCGAGAUGAUAUUGCAAAGCUCACAGGUUGAUCAAACCCAGCCAGUUGAUACAAACAUCAAACACGACAUCACCGCCGAGUCCAAACCCGACCUGAACCCCCUGACAAAAGCCUGGAAAGAGAAGGAGGAGCCUGAGGGUCUCUAUUACGCUUGCCCCUUUUACGCGGUGGAUCGAUAUCGAUUUUAUUCCUGCGGAAAUUCGAGACCGACUUCUUUCUCCCGACUCAAAGAACACCUCGGGCGUAAACACUGUUUCGGGAAAACCCCCUUUUGUAUGAACUGCCGCCAAGAUUGGUCAACGGAGGAGGGUUUCACGAAUCAUCAGGGAAAUUAUGAAUUCACGCCCAUCGAAAUAGCUGCGAUACUUUCAAAACAAGAGUAUGAUUUCAUUGGCAGGAUGGGCAGUAACGAUGAAGAGAAGUGGAACCAUAUGUGGACUUUUCUCUUUCCCCUGCGCUCUCUGCCCUCUUGCUAUCACGACUUGGAAUUGACCCAAUACCUACGACUGCGGAACGACCUGCCGUUAAUGUUCACUAAGUGGAUGUACGGACGACGCUGGCCUGUCACACCGGAGAUGGCAGUUGAUUUCACCAAUGGCAUUGUCGGCCAACUUUUCCCCGGUUUGGAUGCUCAGUUGAGAUUCUUGCUUUAA